AUGACCCAAGUGACUGAAGCUCCCCGUGAAGCGGCUGAAGCUCCCCGUGAAGCGGCUGAAACUCCCCGUGAAGCAGCUGAAGCUCCCCGUGACACCGACAUAUCGAGCUACAGCGUCGCCCUGACAGGCUUCGUCCCCUCAGCCAACCCCUGCUAUGCACGGAUCAAUUUAGAAGUGUUGGCGACCAUUCGUCCCUUCAUCGACAUUGGUCUUACCGGUGCUACCUUCUUGUCCGUCUCUACAACCUCCUUCUCCCCGGAAUUCCGACGGUUUAUCUUCUGCUUCAACUGGGGCAGCCUAUCCCCGGGCCCCCGAUGGAGGCAAUUUUGCCCAUUCUGGAAUGGGUUAAUGGACAGAGCUGCCCGCUACAUCCAGCAUUAUCCGGAGAAGUUCCAGGGUGCAAAGGAGGCAUAUCUCGUCAGACUGGUGACUACAACCAGCUGGGUCAUUACCUUGUAUGUGCGCAAGGAAGUGGAGGGCCGCGAUGUGAGCUGCCUCGUCAACCCUGUUCUGGCUCAUAUGCCACUCUGA